GUUUUUGAUGAAAUUGAGUCAUGAAACAGUGACUAUUGAACUGAAGAAUGGCACACAGGUCCACGGCACGAUUACUGGUGUGGACUUCAGUAUGAACACUCACCUCAAAGCUGUGAAGAUGACGCUCAAAAACAGGGAGCCGACUCAACUUGAGUCCCUCAGUAUCCGUGGCAACAACAUCCGCUAUUACAUCCUGCCCGACAGUCUUCCUCUGGACACACUGCUGGUUGACAUCGAACCCAAGGUCAAGUCAAAGAAGAGAGAGGCUGUGGCUGCACGUGGCCGAGGAAGAGGGCGGGGUCGUGGCAGAGGAAGAGGGCGUGGCCGGGGAGGGCCUAGGAGAUGAAUCUCUGAAGCCUCUGUGCAUUUUUUCACAUUGUACAGC